CAUAGCAUACACUACACCCUUACUCGAUCAGCAAUUCAACUAGUGUAAUUCUUUAGAGAAAGGACAUGCUGUGAGACAACACGGUAGGGAGUCUGUGUGGCCGCCAACAGCUCUAGAAUGUCAAACAUUUAUACAAUAAGAGCUAUUCUCUGUGGUCAGUGGUCCUCUAGUGAAAGAAUAGAUGGCAAAACGGUUAUCAUUACUGGAGCCAAUGCUGGCAUUGGCAAAGAGACAGCAAUGGACCUGGCAAAGAGAGGGGGCAGGAUAAUCUUGGCCUGCAGAGACUUGGGCAGAGCUGAGGCGGCACAGAGAGAGAUCAUUGAGAAAUCUGGAAACCCCAACAUUGUGACCAGAAAGAUGGAUUUGUCUGACACAAAGUCCAUUAGAGAAUUUGCAGAGUUAAUCAACAGGGAGGAGAAACAAGUGAACAUUCUUAUCAACAAUGCUGGGAUCAUGAUGUGUCCAUACUCUAAGACCGCAGAUGGCUUUGAGAUGCAGUUUGGAGUGAACCAUUUGGGUCACUUCCUGCUCACCUUCCUGCUGAUUGAUCUGAUAAAGAGAUCCAGACCAGCCAGAAUCAUCAACCUGUCCUCCAUGGCUCACAAAUGGGGUUGGAUACAGCUAGAGGACAUCAACAGUGAGAGGAGCUACCACUCCAGAAGAGCAUAUGGACAGAGCAAAUUAGCCAACAUCCUGAGUAUACGAUCCCUGGCCAAAAGACUAAAAGACACUGGAGUGACAGUUUAUGCAGUCCAUCCAGGUAUAGUGAGGACUGAGCUGAAGAGACACAUGAAUUUAGCCCUGCUGAUAUCCUGGAAGAUUGUCAGACCUUUCACCAAAACUAUUGUACAAGGUGCCCAGACCUCCAUCUACUGUGCUGUGGAGCCAGAGCUAGAGACGGAGAGCGGUGGAUAUUACAGUGACUGUAAACCCUCCAGCUGUACCAGGGCUGCCAGGGAUGAUGAGAUGGCUCAGAAACUAUGGGAACUCAGCUGCCAAAUGCUUGGGAUAACAUGGGACUGAACAUCAUCCUUGAAUAUCAUUAUAGAUAGGCUAGAAUAUGUCAAUUGUUUGAAAAGUGCAUGCCUUGAAUGCUUACACAAUAGGUGCUAUGGAAUCUAUAGUUAUACUAUUGGUAUGCAUACUAUGAAUAUGAAUGCUGUAUACGCAGAGCUUGACUUGGGAUGAAAUUGGUCCAUUAGACUAUGUACACAGAAAUUCCCAAAUGGCAUUAGCCUAUGUUAUAGAGACCUGAUUAUUCAGUGUUAAAGGUUCAUACUCAGUUUGACAGAUGGAAUUUCAUUACUUUUCCAUUACUUUUAACCAAAUUUCCAUGACCAUUAAUUGGUGGCAUCUCUAUGUAGCCUACAUGGAAAAAGUCAGCAUAAAUGUGGUAUUGACACUAGAAGGCUGCUGGUCUCCGAUCACAUGUAGCCCUACUAGCUCCUGUCGUUGUGCCCUUAAUCAAGGCACUUAACCCCCCACAAAGUAGAAUAACUGCACUGUUAAUUAAAACCUCUACAGGAUCGGUGUCCCCCUGCAGGACAGUUGAGCUAACAUGCGCGAAUAUGAUUAGCAUGACGUUGUAAGUAACAAGACGAUUUCCCAGGACAUAGACAUAUCUGAUAUGAGCAGAAAGCUUAAAUUUGUGUUAAUAUAACUGCACUGUCCAAUUUACAGUAGCUAUUACAGUGAAAGAAUACCAUGCUAUUGUUUGAGGAGAGUGCACACUUAUGUCCAUGAAAAUGUAUCAAUAAACUAAUUAGGUACAUUUGGGCAAACUUGAUACAACAUUUUGAACCGCAAUGCAAUGGUUCAUUGGAUUAGUCUAAAACUUUGCACAUACAAUGCUGCCAUUUAGUGGCCAAAAUCUAAAUUGUGCCUAAACUGGAACAAUACAUUGUGGCCUUUCUCUUGCAUUUCAAAGAUGAUGGAACAAAAAAACAAAUGUUAUUUUCUUUGUAUUAUCUUUUGUGUUAUAUUCUCUAUUAAUUACACUAGCUAUAACAUUUCCACCUUUUUUAAACAUUGAGACAUGAGCUGUGUUCGAAUACCCAUACUAUUGGUUAAUUGUAGUAUACUAACAGUAUCCUUUCAGUUGCGCGUACUAGAGCUACGCCUGUCUACCUGAAGUUGAUGCUGUUGCUUUUGCAACCCCUUGUUAGAAUAACAAAUUACUAGAUAGAUCCUUUAUGACUUCGGGUGUGUUCGUAAAUUUAAUCUGGAGUGCCAGAGAGCACUCAUAGUGCGCACUGGGUGUUCGUAAAUUCAGAGCUUUUCAGAUUGUCAGUUCAUAAAUUCAGAGCGUUUCGCUCUUGGGUCGUUCUGAGUGCACACUGGACGCUCUGGCCGACAGUAGGGUUGAACCAAGCGUUCAGACCUUACAACAGCAGUCAAGCACCUAAACUAACUGGCUAACUUGCUAGCUACUUUCAGACACAAAUGAGAGAGAACCUCACUCUGACCAUUUUACUCGCCCUAGCAGAGCUGUUUAGGCUGUUUUCAUGUUAUCCAGAGCGUUGGUGACUGUAACUUUGCUGCUGGCAACAAUUUAAUUACGCUUUUUUGCCGAAGUUAACUGACACCGGCCAUGUUCAACGGGUGUUGAGCGUACCAGUUGUUCAGAUGAACGCACCCGAAUUAACAAGGUCCAUAGAGAACGCACAACCACUAUACCAUUUAGCUAAGCAUGACGUGCAUAAUCAAGUGAAUACAAAUUGGGUAGUUACAUAGCAUAUAUGUUAAUAUACUGUCAAGUUCGAUGUAUUAGUAGCCAACUAACGUUAGGUAGCUAGCAAACAUACCGGUACAUACUGCUGUAAUGAUAUGCUAAACUCAGUAAAAAAAAAAGAAACAGCCUUUUUUCAGGACACUGUCUUUGAAAGAUAAUUAGUACAAAUCCAAAUAACUUCACAGAUCUUCAUUGUAAAGGGGUUAAACACUGUUUCCCAUGCUUGUUCAAUGAAUCAUAGACAAUUAAUGAACAUGCACCUGUGGAACGGUCGUUAAGACACUAACAGUUUACAGAUGCUAGUCAAUUAAGGUCACAGUUAUGAAAACUUAGGACACUAAAGAGGCCUUUCGCCUGACUCUGAAAAACACCAAAAGAAAGAUGCCCAGGGUCCCUGCUCAUCUGCGUGAACGUGCCUUAGGCAUGCUGCAAGGAGUCAUGAGGACUGCAGAUAUGGCCAGGGCAAUAAAUUGCAAUGUCCGUACUGUGAGACGCCUAAGACAGUGCUAAAGGGAGACAGGACGGACAUCUGAUCGUUGUCGCAGUGGCAGACCACGUGUAACAACACCUGCACAGGAUCGGUACAUCUGAACAUCACACCUGUGGGACAGGUACAGGAUGGCAACAACAACUGCCCGAGUUACACCAGGAACGCACAAUCCCUCCAUCAGUGCUCAGACGGUCCGUGUCCGCAAUAGGCUGAGAGAGGCUGGACUGAGGGCUUGUAGGUCUGUGUAAGGCAGGUCCUCACCAGACAUCACCGGCAACAACGUCGCCUAUGGGCUCAAAUCCACCGUCGCUGGACCAGACAGGACAGGCAAAAAGUGCUAUUCACUGACAAGUUGUGGUUUUGUCUCACCAGGGGUGAUGGUCGGAUUCGCGUUUAUCGUUGAAGGAAUGAGCAUUACACCGAGGCCGGUACCCUGGAGCGGGAUCGAUUUGGAGGUGGAAGGUCCGUGGUGUAUUACAGCAUCAUCGGACUGACCUUGUUAUCAUUGCAGAAAAUCUCAACGCUGUGCGUUACAGGGAAGAAAUCCUCCUCCCUCAUGUGGUACCCUUCCUGCAGGCUCAUCCUGACAUGACCCUUCAGCAUGACAAUGCCACCAGCCAUACUGCUCGUUCUGUGUGUAAUUUCCUGCAAGACAGGAAUGCCAUGGCCAGCGAAGAGCCCAGAUCUCAAUCCCAUUGAGCAAUAUGGGACCUGUUGGAUCAGAGGGUGAGGGCUAAGGCAAUUCCCUCCAGAAAUGUCCGGGAACUUGCAGGUGCCUUGGUGGAAGAGUGGGGUAACAUCUCAUAGCAAGAACUCGUAAAUCUGGUGCAGUCCAUGAGGAGGACCUGCACUGCAGUACUUAAUGCAGUUGGUGGCCACACCAGAUACUGACUGUUACUUUUGUUAAUUCAUUUUGACCCCCCCCCCCCCCCCUUUGUUCAGGGACACAUUAUUCCAUUUAUGUUAGUCACAUGUCUGUGGAACUUGUUCAGUUUAUGUCUCAGUUGUUGCAUCUUGUUAUGUUCAUACAAAUAUUUACACAUGUUAAGUUUGUUGAAAAGAAACACAGCUGACAGUGAGGACGUUUCUAUUUUUGCUGAGUUUUUGUGGCUCGUAAGGAUAGCGUAGCAAACAAAUUGUCAGCAAAGAUAACGUGUAAUGUAACUUACUUGAGAAGUCAUUACUUUAUUCCAUUGCUGAACAUGUUCUUAACAUUUGUCAUAAUUAGUUAACACAAUGAAUUUGUAUCUGCUGUUGUCGGACUUCGGCUACAUAUUUUCCGCCAUUUUCUUCAAAUCUGAAAACUUUGAAGCCACGCCCAUUUUCUGAAGAUUUAAUUAUGGGCCCUAAAAGCACGGAAAUAGUAUCCACUGCUUCGUAUACUUCGUAUUUUGGCGAAUGUAGUACGACAUCUGGGAACUUUUGACAUACUAACUAUAUCCAUACUAUGACCAAUAAGCAUACUACAUCCUCAAGUUACUUCAUAAAUAGUAUGGUUAAUAUGAGUAUUCGAACACGGCUAUGGAUUAUGUGUGCCAUUCCGAGGGUGAAUGGGCAAGACAACAUAUUUAAGUGCCUUUGAAAGGGAUAUGGUAGUAGGUGCCAGGCACACUGGUUUGAGUGUGUAAAGAACUGCAACGCUGCUGGGUUUUUUCACACACAGUUUCCCAUGUGCAUCAAGAAUUGUCCACCACCCAAAGGACAUCCAGCCAACUUGACACAACUUUGGGAAGGAUUGGUGUCAACAUGGGCCAGCAUGCCUGUGGAACGCUUUCGACCCCUUGUAGAUUCCAUGCACCAAUGAAUUGAGGCUGUUCUGAGGGUAAAAGGGGUUGCAACUCAAUAUUAGGACGGUGUUCCUAAUGUUUUGUACACUCAGUGUAGUUAGUCUAUCAUUAUUUUAUAGCAGGGGUGCUCAACUAUUUGAGACGGUCCAGUGACACAAAUAUCCUAGGUGGCAAAGGUCCGGAGGGAUAUCGUCCUUUAUCAGCGCUGUGGUAUGGCGCAGUAACAAACAUAGUUGUCUACGACUUAGGAAACAUGACGUUAUAUAUAAUAUGUGCAUUAAAUACAUUAAAUAAAUUAAAUGAGACGAAUAACUUGAAUUAAUUACAACAUCUUUCGAAUUUAACAUUGCUGAAGAACAAAAGUGGUUGCAUAAUUGUCUAUGCAAAAAGUGCACUCUGAACCAUAGGCCUUGAAUGGACUUUUUGUAUUAUUAUAACAAAGUGCAUGUUUUCUGGAGAACAAAGGAUGGCUUAACAAACAUAAUCUGAAUGCACAGAAUACCACUGUGGGCCAUGCAAUUUUCUUGUUUAAGUCACUCUGGGCCUUGCCAUUGCAUCAAUGAGAGAAAUUACACUUUCUGUCUCCUGCCAAGGCAUUGCACUUUGGCACAAAUGGUGUGAGAGCCACUCUGAGACACUGGUGCAGGUGUUCAUUGGUGAGCCAGGUGCGGUAUUUGUUUUUAAUAAAGUUAAUUGUGGAGAAGGCUGAUUCACAGCUGUAUGUGGAGCCAAAUGGUCAGGAUGUAUAGUGCCAGUUUCUUGAGCACAGGGACAUCAGCUGCAGGCACCAUCUUUCCCCAGAAAAUAACAGGGUCACAAUCACCAGCCUGCACAUUCAAAGUCACAUUUUCUUGCAGCUCUAUCAACUCCAUUUCUGUGAUGUAACAUCUACCCAUCUGAAGAUCUGUUUUUCCUCUACUGACAACUUUGUCACAUUUGUCACAUGCAUUUCAUUAGCUGUGGAUGAAUCAACAGAUAACACUGAUAAUGCCCAGCUUCUGUGAUGCAAGGUAAAGGAGCAAUAAAGAUUUUAUG